AUGAAUUCGCUCGCCGACCUCAAGCAUAACCUCACGGAGGAGAAGAUCCACAACCAAGAGAAAGAAGAGCCAUCCAAUGGUACCGUCACGCGAGAACCGUCGCCCAACCGCGGGGCCUCAGUGCGCGAUGUCGAGGCCAUCGGACCGGACUCGGAGUCGAAACGAGAAUGGCAGAAGAAGCGUGGAAUUGAUGUGUCGAAACAAGUCAAGAUCGUCAAACUCAGUCAUAUGCGCUACCAGCACCCUGACCUGAACAAGAUCACGACUUUUCUGCGAGAUUUCGGCAUGCAUGUUGUGAAGAAAGGCCCCAACGAGCGAUGGUAUCGCGGCUACGGGCCCGACCAAUACGUGUACUAUGCCAAGCAAGGCCCCAAGAAAUAUCUAGGCGGAACUUUCGAGGUUGAAUCGCGGGCCGAGUUGGAAAAGGUCUUGAAGCUGCCUGGUGCCACUGUGCUGAGUGACGGGAUCGAAGAGUUAAAAGACGCCCCUGGCGGUGGCUAUCUGGUGACGAUUGCAGACCCCGAAGGGUUCCCGGUCAAUUUCAUCUACGGCCAAGCGGCGAUCACGGAAGAGAGGAAGAGGCCGACCAAGUUGGUGUUCAACGACGAGAGCGACAAGCCGCGGCAGAAGAGGUUCCAACGAUUCGAGCCUGGGCCGGCCGAGAUCCACAAAUUGGGUCACUUUGGCCUGAAUGUGGAGAACUUCCCGGCCCAACUGGACUGGUACACGCGACACUUCAACAUCGUGCCCAGCGACAUUCUGUACGUGCCGCUCGACAAGAUCGACCCGGAAACCAACCAACCGGCCCGCAAGCAAGUGGCGCUGUUCGCCUGCAUCGACCGCGGCCAGGACCUGGUCGACCACCACACGGUUUUCUUCACCAGCCUGAGCCCCGGGGUGGAGAAACACGUGCACCACUGCUCGUUCGAGGUGCACGACUUCGACACCCAAGCGCUGGGCCACCAGUGGCUCGCGGAGAAGAAGUACGAGUCGGUGUGGGGGGUCGGGAGACAUAUUCUGGGCUCCCAGAUCUUCGACUACUGGUGGGACGUCACCGGGUUCAUGGUCGAGCAUUAUGCCGAUGGCGAUCUCGUCAAUGAGGACACUCCGGUCGCGUACGGGCCUGCCGGCCACGAAGGGUUGGCGGUUUGGGGGCCAGAGGUGCCACAGGCAUUUUUGGAGUAA